AUGGGUACAGGUAUCGUGUCAGUGUUGAUGAACUCGGUGCCUUUUGAUACUUCAGUGCUUUACUACUUCUCCAUUGUCUUCUUCGUGCUCAACAUAAUAUUGUUUUUGUUGGCGUCUAUCACUUCCAUCGUUCGGUAUACUUUGUAUCCUGAGAUAUGGCUCGUGAUGAUUCAGGACCCAACCAACUCACUGUUCCUAGCGACGAUCCCAAUGGGUUUUGCCACACUCAUCGAGAUGUGGGUUUUUGUCUGUGUGCCACUAUGGGGAGAAUGGAGUAUAACCGUCGCGUGGGCUUGUUGGAUGUUCGAUGUGGUAGCGGCAGCUUCUGUUACCCUGUCGCUGUCCUUUAUUCUAAUAUCCCAACGCUAUAUCACAUCGCUCGAUCGGAUCACUGCACUCCAACUGUUGCCAAUUGCAGCAACUAUUGUGGCAGCUGGUGCUGGUGCAGAAAUUGCUCAUAUUUUACCAAACAAACAACACGCAUUGGGAACCCUACUCGUGUCUUUUAUCCUGUGGGGUAUGGGCACUCCAUUGGCAAUUGUGGUAUUAGUGAUCUACUAUCAGCGGCUGGCAGUACACAAGCUUCCAUCCAGAGAAAUGAUCGAUCCGGGGGAGUAUGAGUUUCCUUUCUUACAGGAGGUCUUCUCUCCGAUCGAGUCGCACAAGGUCGACUUUGUCUUCGUUCAUGGCUUGAAUCCCCGGGGCCGGAGUGAUCAUCCGUUUGAAACAUGGACCCAUGCCAAUGGAAAAUUCUGGCCGACAGACUUCCUUGCCCAAGAUAUUCCAUAUGCUCGAGUCUUUGUCUAUGGCUAUAAUUCAAGCAUCACCCACCCUCAGACUAUGUCCACGGCAAGCAUUAAGGACCACGCCAAUACCCUGUUGAAUCUUCUUGAUAUGGAACGAACUCCCCAGAUGGGUACAAUUCCACCAAAGGUGAUCUUUAUUGGACAUAGUCUGGGUGGUUUGGUGAUCAAACAGGCCCUUCUCAAUGCCAAAGAAGACCCGAAAUAUACCGCUAUUCGCUCGGCAACCUCCGGGCUUGUUUUCUUCGGAACACCUCAUCGUGGCGCCAAAGCUGUUGAACUGGGGAAGAUUGCAGCCCGGGUGGCCCGAUUUGUCUCGAAAGGCCACGCCAGCAAUGACCUGCUCGACUGUCUGGAGCAUAAUUCACUCUUCACAAGACAGAUGACCGAUAGGUUCCGGCAUCAGUUAGAGGAUUAUCGUGUUGUCAGUUUUAUCGAAGGGAAGGAAGUGCAGUUAGGCGGAGCAGGUCCGGCAUCUAUCAGCCAUCUAGUUGUGGAUGAGGAGUCUGCGGUGCUUGGGCUAUCUGGUCUCCGCGAAACCCAGCUGAAGCUCGAUGCAGAUCACUCGCAGAUGUGCAAAGUCGGCUCUCGAGGGCCUAUGUACCGCUUGAUCAAGGGGAAUAUCAAACAGUUGGUCGACCAGGCACUGUUGUCAGAACAUGGCUUCAUUCCACAGCCUGUGCCGCAAAGUGCUGGACCCAGUCCACCGCCGAUACCACCGCGCAUACACUCUAAUAGUAGCACGCCAUAUCAAACGCAAGGGCGGCUACCUCCGGCAACUCAAAGGGUAACCGGAGUCAUGUUCACUGCCUCGGACAGUGACCCACGAUCUAUUCGCUCCGCGGAACUUAAGAAUCUUGCUCGAUGGGAUGAGGCUCGAACCGUUGAGUAUGAGAUUUUCCAAGAGCAUUUGCGCACCCUCGGACCAGACCACUUCAGCACAUUGUCAGUGGCAUAUAACUUAGCACUCGUUGAGUUAGAGACGCACUACUUGGCGAAGGCCCAUGAAUGGUGUCAAUGGGUGUCUGAUAAUGUCCAACGCGUAUUUGGGGGCAAGCAUCCCCUUGCGAUGAAGACUGAAAGUCUGAUCGCGGAAGUUCUGUGUCAACAAGGCAAGCAUCAAGAGGCAGAGUCAGUUUGUGCGAACGUGCUAGCUCGUCAACAAAUCAAUAUCGGUGAGGAGCACUUGGAUACCUGCGACACUCGCCGCCGACUGGCGGGGGCGUAUCAUUCUUUAGGCCGUCGGGAAAACGCCGUUAUGGCCGCUGAAAAGCUCACAGAAACUCUUAAGCGCCUUCUUGGGGAAACUCAUAUUCGUGUAUUUGCUUCAGCGCUGGAUACCUUGGAAUACAUCAUUAGCAACCAAUCCGGUGACAGAAAUACGCUAAUCACUAUGCGGUUCCAGCCCGAUGUACAGCAGGCUGUGGAAAUGCUAGGGCAAAUCUAUGAUGAGCUUCGUCUAGGGCUAGGCCCUGGACAUCCGUAUUCCAUUCGCGCUCUGUGUCUCUAUGGCCGCGGGCAGAGCUUUGUGCAGCAGGGUAUGGAAGCGUCCGAAACCCUCCGCCGGGCCCUUGCCAGCGCGGAAGAGACAUUGGGACCCGAUCACCCACUGACGAUGGAUAUCGUGGGAAAUAUUGGUGUUAUGUACGCCGUGCAGGGAGGCUUCCAAGUCACGCUCGGCAACAACCGUGUGGAAGAAGCCAUUCCCUGGUUGAUACGAUAUCUGAACUGGGUCGAACACCGCAGAGGAAAGGAAAAUCCCGAAGCACAAGCCUCGUUGGAACUGCUGGCUACUUUGCACUUCAAUGCCAGGGAGUACGAGCCUGCCCAGAAAUAUUUCGAACGCCUCGUUAUAGCAUACCGAGGCAACCCGACAGCACUCCAGCGUAUCAAUAAUCAGCUUCAGUUGUGUCGUGCGAAUACCAUGCUCACCCGUGGAAGCCUCGGGUCGGGUUUAGGAGGAUUUCUCUCCUCUUUGCAAAGAUAUUGA